AUGGUGAACCUCCUGUACGUGGUGCUGCGCUCCCUCCUGAGCUGCCUCAUCCCCCCGGCCAACCUGCUGGUGAUGGUGGCGGUCUGCCAGCUGCUGAGGAAGCAGCCGGGCCCCAGCUACGUCUACAUCCUCAACCUGGCCACCGCCGACCUGCUGGUGGGCGUGACGUGCUUCACCGAGGCGCUGGGCGACGUCCUCCACAGUUUUGACCAGAGCGAGUUGCUCUGCCUCCUGCGCGUGGCCGUGAGCAUGACGCCUUGCAUCGGCUCCAUCCUGACCCUGCUCCUCAUCUCCCUGGACAGGUACCUGGCGGUGAUGCUGCCUCUCUCCUACCCCACCCUCCUGAAGAAAACACCCGUGGUCCUCUCCCUCGUUGCCCUCUGGACGCUCUCCUUCUUUUUUGGGCACUUGCCUCUGAUCCUGCCCUCUCUCCAGCGUGGCAACUACACGGGUUAUUGUGGGCUCCUGUACGUGGCCAAGAGCGAGUACCUCUACGUGAUCUGCUUUGGCAUCUUUGGCCCGUCCCUGCUGGCGCUGCUCUGCCUGCACGUCUGGGUGGGCAGCAUUGCCUCCCUGCAGCACAGGCGGCUCUGGCACGGCGGCGCCCGGGCACGGCCCCCCCGCCUGCGCCGCUGCAAGGCCCUGCGCACUGUGCUCAUCGUCCUCAUGGGCUUCAGCCUCUCCUGGGGCCCCUACCUGGUGGGAGGCACCGUGCAGGCCGCCUGCAGCUCCUGCAACCUGUCCGGCCCGCUCGAGGACGCUUUGUUCUUGCUGGGCGAGACCAACUCCCUCAUCAACCCCCUCAUCUACGCCCUGCACUGCAGAGACAUCCGGAGCCACCUCGCAAAGCUGCUGGGGUGCAGGACCCAGGGCCAGGUGAAGCCUCCAGCCUCGAACGUGCGAACUGUUGGGAGCUGGGGUCGGAGCCAGACUGAAGCCUCCAGUUCCUGAGGGGUCUGUGC